AUGCAGGGCAUGCAAAGCCCCAUCAUGGUGAUGAACACCAACACGAAGCGUGAGACCGGUCGCACCGCGCAGCUGAACAACAUCGCCGCCGCUAAGGCCGUCGCGGAUAUCAUCCGCACCACGCUCGGUCCUCGUUCCAUGCUCAAGAUGAUCCUCGACGCUUCCGGAGGUAUCGUGCUGACGAACGAUGGCAACGCCAUCCUUCGCGAGAUCGACGUGACUCACCCCGCGGCCAAGUCCAUGAUCGAGCUCAGCCGCACGCAGGACGAGGAGGUCGGCGACGGAACCACCUCCGUCAUCAUCCUCGCGGGCGAGAUCCUCCACCUCUCGCAGCCUUUCCUCGAGAAGGACAUCCACCCCACCGUCAUCGUCCGAGCGUACAUGAAGGCGCUGGACGCGGCGGUGAAGAUCAUCGAUUCCCUCGCGUUUCCCAUCGACGUGGACGACCGCCAGCAGCUCAUGAACAUCGUCAGCAGCUGCAUCGGCACCAAGUACACCAGCCGUUUCGGCCCGCUCAUGGCUGAGCUCGCGUUGGAGGCUGUGCUGUGCGUGGCGGUGGACAACGGCGACGGCACCAAGGAGGUUGACAUCAAGAAGUUCGCCAAGGUUGAGAAAAUCGCCGGCGGUAGCAUCGACGACUGCCGCGUGCUGAAGGGCGUGAUGAUGAACAAGGACGUCGUCGCGCCCGGCAGGAUGCAGCGCAGGAUCGAGAACCCGCGCGUUAUGCUCCUGGACUGCCCCCUCGAGUACAAGAAGGGUGAGAACCAGACCAACGUCGAGAUCACCAAGGAGGAGGACUGGGCGGUGCUGCUCAAGAUGGAGGAGGACUGGAUCCAGGGCGUUUGCGCGCAGAUCGCCGCCUUCAAGCCCGACAUCGUGGUCACGGAGAAGGGACUCAGCGACCUCGCCACCCACUACCUGUGCAAGGCUGGCAUCACCGCGCUUCGCAGGGUGAGGAAGACGGAUAACAACCGCAUAGCGCGAGCCACCGGCGCUUCCAUCGUGCACCGCGUCGAGGAGCUCAAGGAGGAGGACAUCGGCACCGGCGCGGGCCUCUUCAAGGUGGAGAAGCUUGGAGAGGAGUACUUCUCCUUCUUCGUCGACUGCAAGGAGCCCAAGGCGUGCUCCAUCAUCCUCCGCGGCGCUUCCAGGGACGUCCUCAACGAGGUUGAGCGCAACCUCCAGGACGCGAUGGGCGUGGCCAGGAACGUCGUGCACGAUCCCAGGCUGCUGCCCGGCGGCGGCGCGGUCGAGAUGGCCGUGAGCCGCGCCAUCUCCGAGGAGGCGCUCAAGAUUGAGGGCGUCGAGCAGUGGCCGUUCAAGGCUAUCGGCCAGGCUCUCGAGGUUAUCCCCAGGACCCUCGCGCAAAACUGCGGCGCCAACGUGAUUCGCACCCUGACGAAGCUCAGGGCCAAGCACGCGGAGUGGACGGCGGAGAGCACCGGCGGCAAGGCUUGCACUUUCGGCAUCGACGGCGACAAGGGCACCAUCGUCGACAUGAAGGAGCUGGGUGUCUGGGAGGCGUACGCCGUCAAGGUGCAGAGCAUCAAGACGGCGGUGGAAUCCGCCGCGAUGCUCCUCCGCAUCGACGACAUCGUGUCCGGACUCAGCCAGAAGGGCGGACCGGGCGCCGCGGCUGGCACGGGCACCGGUGUCGCGCCCCAGCAAGACGACGAGGAGGACCCUCCCGAAAAACUGGGGGAGUAAACUACGACGCGUGAUGGUUGGCUCGCUUAGAAUUUCUCUCACUCUUACAUUCCUUCUAC